UAAAAUAACAUGAAAAUAAUAUUAUUAUUAAGCUUAUUUUAUUUGUCGGUAAAUGGACUGCCAUUUUCCGAUGAACCUGGUAAAACAUGGGUAGUAUUAUGCGCCGGAUGGAGAGGUUACCAAGGUGGUGGUUAUAGUAUACAGGCAAACGUGUACCACGCUUAUCAAGUAAUCCAUGCUCAAGGUAUCCCCGAUGAACAUAUAAUAGUCAUGCACUACGACGACCUGGCUUACCAUAAAUCAAACCCUACACCCGGUAUAGUCGUACAAAAAGUGAACGGCACUGAUGUCUAUAAGGGGGUACCCAAGGACUACACGGGCGACGAAGUCACGCCUAAAAACUUUUUAGGUGUACUUAAAGGGGACCCGGAAUUAGUCAAAAAGGGUAAACGUGUGGUGAAUAGUGGACCCAAUGAUAACGUAUUUGUCUAUUUCAUUGACCAUGGUGCUACCGAUAUAGUGUCGUUCCCGCGGGGAUACCUAUACGGGGAGGAACUGGUGGCUGCACUCAAGGAUAUGCACCAAAACAAGAGAUUUGCAAAACUAGUGUUUUAUUUGGAGGCGUGUGAAUCGGGCUCCAUGUUCAAACUACUGCCAACUGACAUAAAUGUUUACGCAAUUACCUCAUCCAAUGCUACUGAACUGAGCUGGGAGUGUGACUGGGACGAGUCCCGUAAAGUGUACCUGGGUGGUUAUUUUGCCUUUAGCUGGUUGGAUGACUGCGAGCACCGGGAUCUGCAAAAGGAGUCCCUUCAGGAGCAGUUUAAUCACAUGAAAAAACAGUUGGAUAUCCCGGGUCCAGACCCCCAAAAGGAGCCUCACCAACAGCACCCGAUGCAAUUUGGGGACCUGUCCAUCACUAAGUUACCUGCCUCACAGUUUCUAGGAUUUAAAAAAGUCAAUGAAAAGAUUAAUACGGAGCCGAUGGUUAUGAAAAAACAGCAAGCACAAAUUGAGACCACAAAUGAAAUUGAGUAUACUCAAGAAUUACAGAAUUUAAUGCAAUUCCGCGAAUACGUGGAUAACGUGUUGUAUGAAUACGUGAAUAAUGAGCCAGCACCAUUUAACGGUACUAAAUGGGUGGUACUAUGUGCCGGUAGUACUACCUGGGACAACUAUAGACACCAGGCUGAUGUUUACCACGCGUACCAAGUAGUCAAAUCGCAUGGCAUACCUGAGAAAAAUAUUAUCGUUUUCCACUACGAUGACAUUGCUCAUAAUAAGGUUAACCCUACACCGAGUAUUGUAGUCAACACACUCGGUGGACCUGAUGUCUAUCAAGGAGUACCCAAGGAUUAUACCGGGAUUGAUGUCAACCCAGAAAACUUUGUGGGCGUACUUAUGGGCGAUAAGACGCUAAAAGAAAAUAACAAAAAAGUGCUGGAAAGUGGGCCCAAUGAUCAUGUUUAUAUCUAUUUCGUUGACCAUGGUGACGAGGAUGUUAUCGAAUUCCCGACCGACUAUUUGUAUGGGGAGGAGCUGAAUGUGGCCCUCAAAUACAUGCACCAAAACAAAAUGUUUGCCAAAUUGGUGUUUAAUAUGGAAACGUGUCACUCGGGUUCAAUGUUUGACAAAUUGCUACGGAAUGAUCUCAAUAUUUAUGUGACAACAUCAGCAAAACCCGAUGAACUGAGCUCGGCCACGUAUUAUGAUACACUCAGAAAGACCUACCUUGGUGAUUGUUAUAGCGUUGCCUUGAUAGAGAAUAGUGAAACCCAGGAUUUAGAUAAAGAGACUCUACAGGCUCAGUUUGAGUAUAUCAGCAAAAAUGUGAAUACCUCCACACCGCAGCAAUAUGGCGAUGUUUCAAUUGCGAAAUUACCAGUGUCACAAUUUAUUGGUAAUAAACCCAAAGAUUAUAUACCUAGUAAACCGGUAUAUAUUAAUGAUGGUGAUAUGGAAGUGGUUAACCCUAGAGAUAUACCGGUGCUAUUGGCACAGAAAAAUAUUGCCUCAACUAAUCAUAUCAAUGAGAAACAAAGGUAUGUCGAAAUGUUGGAGACUAUACUGAAAGGUCGCAAAUACUUGGAUAACGUGUUGUAUGAAUACGUGAAUAGUAUUCAACACUUAAUGCCAAACAUCGCAACCAAUGCUAUACUCCAUACGAAACAAGAGCUCAAUAAUAGACACUGUUAUCGACAACUGGUCGACACUUUCCACCAAAACUGCUUUAAUUUGAAUCAAAAUACCUACGCUUUCGGGAAGCUAUACAUAUUGAAAAACAUUUGCGAAAAUUUGAUAGACUCUCACGUGACUAAUAUGGCUGUUAACAAGUUGGUUCAGUAUUGUACGCAAAAUGUUAAUCAUGAUAACUUUGACAAAAUUGUUUAAAUAUA